GGAGAAUCAAACAUACGCGUCUGAGCUCUCGCUCGUUAACGACACACAAAAUGGCCAACAGAAUACUUCUGUUGUGCCUGUUAGUUUCGUGUUUGACUGUGACAUACAUAGAAUGUUGGAGAAGCAGUGGAAGUCGCAGCAGCAGCAGUAGUAGAAGCAGUGGAAGUCGCAGCAGCAGCAGCAGUAGUAGAGGUGGUUCGUCUUUUGGCAAGAGCUGGGGGUCACCGAGUCACAGCUCCAAACCUAGUUGGAGUACUGGCUCAAGCCACAGCUCCAAACCUAGUUGGAGUACUGGCUCAAGCUACAAACCAAGUUCUUCAUCUACAAGCCACAAUUGGGGAAGUUCAGGAUCAACGUCCCACAGUUAUCCAUCAUCGUCAUCGGGGCUUUCGGGAAGCUCGUCAUCUUCGAGCCGCGGGGGAAGUUCAGGAUCUACAUCACAUAGCUACCCGUCAUCGCCAUCACACGGAUAUCCUUCCUCAUCGUCAGGAUUAUCCGGAUCUGGAUCUACUUCACACAAGUAUCCUUCCUCGUCAUCGUCAGGAUGGGGUUCCGGAUCAUCGAGCUAUCCAUCUUCGUCUUCAGGAUUAUCUGGAUCUGGCUCUAGUAGCAAAUACCCUUCAUCAUCUUCAGGUUUAUCUGGAUCCGGCACUGGUUCCUUCAAAUACCCGUCAUCAUCAUCGGGAUCAAGUUCAAGCUCAAGCAAGUACCCAUCAUCAUCUUCGGGACUUUCUGGAUCAGGAUCAAGCUCAAGCAAGUACCCAUCAUCAUCUUCGGGACUUUCUGGAUCAGGAUCAAGCUCAAGCAAGUACCCAUCAUCAUCUUCAGGACUUUCUGGAUCAGGAUCAAGCUCAAGCAAGUACCCAUCAUCAUCUUCGGGACUUUCUGGAUCAGGUUCAAGCUCCAGCAAGUACCCAUCAUCAUCUUCAGGAAUGUCUGGUUCUGGAUCGAAUUACAAACCUUCAUCUAGUUCUGGAGGCCAUUCUUAUCCAUCGAGUUCCACGGGAAUGUCUGGUUCUGGAUCGAAUUACAAACCUUCAUCUAGUUCUGGAGGCCAUUCUUAUCCAUCGAGUUCUACGGGGAUGUCUGGUUCUGGAUCAAAUUACAAACCUUCAUCGAGUUCUGGAGGCCAUUCUUAUCCAUCGAGUUCUACGGGGAUGUCUGGUUCUGGAUCAAAUUACAAACCUUCAUCUAGUUCUGGAGGCCAUUCUUAUCCAUCGAGUUCUACGGGGAUGUCUGGUUCUGGAUCAAAUUACAAACCUUCAUCGAGUUCUGGAACCCACUACUACCCACCAAGUUCCAACAAUAACAACUACAAACCAAGUCAUACAUACAACACGAACAGCCACCCAUCUACGACAGUUCAUCAUACAACGCAUCAUCAUUACCACACCAAUGUGCCUUACUCCGUACCGACGUAUUACUCUACACCGCAGUAUGUAUAUAUUCAAGACUACAGGCACUCCAACAGUCGAUAUGGAGAUCUACUGACUGGUUUAUCGUUAUACAACCUCGGUCGCUCACACAGUCACUACCAUGAUCACUACUAUUAUGACGAUUACUACAGACGUAGGUAUGACAUGCCGAGCUCUUCAUCGUACGGCUCCUCAUCCUAUAGACCACAGAACAGACCUCAAGACGAAGCGAAUUGCAUAUUGAGAGUUACAGAGAAUGGACGAGAGGAAGCGCUCAAAAUUCCUUGUGAAAUUGUUUCAACCUUCACUCAAGAUAGUAAAAAAGUGGCUCCAACACAGCAAACUCAAGUGAAUAAGACAGUGUGCACGACAACUACAACCGUGAUCAACAGUACAGUGUCGACAGUGCCAGCAACUCCUGCGGCCCCAGUGAACCCUGUGCUCUCAGUGUUACCCGUCAACGCUUCUAAUUAUAAUACGACAGUGACGGCCAAUCAAACUGUGUCAACUAAUGUUUCCUCAAUGAAUGCUUUGCCAAGUAAUAUGAAUCUCAACGUUCGCAAAGAAGAUUUCCCAUCGCUAGCGGCCACCAUACCACCUCCGAUUAACAACAUCUAUACCACCAUAGCAAACAUGACAUUAGCGCCAAACGGUACUCUAAUAAUGGUACCGGUAAGUACUCCUGCACCAGUUGUUCCCAGCGUGGAUGUGAAGACUAAUUUGGGAACUUUAGCCCCUAAUGGCACCAUCAUACCCACAGUGACUGUCACCGGCACUGUGCCACAGAACAGUUCAGCAGCAAACACGACAGUGACCACAGUGACUUCUUCAGGGAACGGUUCAUCAUCUUACACCACCAAGACGGUGACAACUAACGCGACUAUGGUGAAUGUGACAGUGUGUACUACUAAUUCAACCCUUGUAGAUCCUUUGAGUGUAAAAGGGCCCCCAGUGAACCCUGACAAAAUGCAGUGUGCUGUUGAGAUUCAAACCAGAGACGCUUUCUUACGUAAUGUUGUCGAUUGUAAGACUUUGAUGGCUUACUCCAAAAUGCCGGAGCCUAAAAAGGACACUGGUAUAUUGCCACCAAGGGAAAAACUGAAAUCAUGGCUGAAGAACCCGCCUUGGUGGAUGUCUCUGUUUAUUGCUGUACGCUCGUUAACAUCACGCAAAAUGGCCGGCAGAAUAUUUCUGUUGUGCCUACUAGUGUCGUGUCUGACUGUGACUUAUAUAGAAUGUGGGCGAAGCGGUGGAAGGAGCAGCAGCAGUAGCAGGGGCGGCAGUAGAAGCAGCAGCUCCUUUGGCAAGAGCUGGGGCUCGUCGAGUUACUCCAAACCCAGUUGGAGCUCAAGUUCUUCGUCGUCGAGUCGUUGGGGAAGCUCAUCGUCAUCACACAGCUACCCAUCAUCAUCAUCAGGGUUAUCAGGGUAUGGAUCUAGAUCCAGCUCACAUGGAUAUCCUUCGUCAUCGUCGGGAUUGUCGGGAUAUGGCUCCAGCUCACAUGGAUAUCCUUCGUCAUCGUCGGGAUUAUCUGGAUAUGGCUCCAGUUCACACAAAUAUCCAUCGUCAUCAUCAGGAUUGUCUGGAUAUGGCUCCAGCUCACACACAUACCCUUCGUCAUCCUCAGGAUUGUCUGGAUAUGGCUCCAGUAGUAAUUACCCUUCAUCUUCAUCUGGAUCGUCGUGGAACUGGAACUUUGGAUCAUCUAGUUACCCGUCAUCGUCAUCAGGAUCUGGAUCUUACAUAAGUCCUUUACCCGCAGGAGUAUAUCAUGCUACUGGCUCAAAACCGCCAUACUCAUCAGAUUUACCAGCGGGAGUAACGAAUCUUAUUAACUCCAAAUAUCCUUCAUCGUUAUCAGGACUUUCCGGUUCAGGAUCUAGUUACAAGCCAUCGUCAAGUUCGGGAAGCCAUUCUUACCCGUCAAGUUCAACAGGUUUGUCUGGCUCUGGCUCAAGUUACAGACCUACCUCGAGUUCUGGAUCCCACUACUACCCGUCAAAUUCCAAUAAUUACAAACCAAGUCAUACAUACAAUACGAAUAGCCAUCCACCUUCUUCAGUUCAUACAACGCAUCAUUAUUACCACACCAAUGUGCCUUACUCGGUCCCAACGUACUACUCUUCACCGCAGUAUGUAUAUAUUCAAGACUACAGGCACUCCAACAGUCGAUAUGGAGACUUGCUGACUGGUUUAUCGAUAUACAACCUCGGUCGCUCACACAGUUACCCAGACCACUACUAUUAUGACGAUUACUACAGACGUAGGUAUGACAUGCCGAGCUCUUCAUCGUACGGCUCCUCAUCCUAUAGACCACAAAACAGGCCUCAAGACGAAGCGAAUUGCAUAUUGAGAGUUAAAGAAAAUGGACGAGAGGAAGCGCUCAAAAUUCCUUGUGAAAUUGUUUCAACCUUCACUCAAGAUAGUAAAAAAGUGGCUCCAACACAACAAACUCAAGUGAAUAAGACAGUGUGCACGACAACAAUCAGCACGACCAAUAAUGCAGUGACGACAAUGCAAGCGCCACCAGCUACCGCAGAACCUGUGCUUUCAGUGUUACCGGUCAAUACUUUAAAUACUAAUACGACAACGAAUACAAGUCAAACCAACGUUUCUGCACUACUAAACAACAGCUCCAUUACAGUAUCGAACACGACAUUAGCACCAAACGGUACUCUAAUAAUGGUACCGGUAAGUACUCCAGCCCCAGUUGUUCCCAGCGUCGAUGUGAAGACUAAUUUGGGAACUUUAGCCCCUAAUGGCACCAUCAUACCCACAGUGACUGUCACCGGCACUAUGCCACAGAACAGUUCAGCAGCAAACACAACAGUAACCACAAUGACUUCUUCAGGAAACGGUUCGUCUACUUACACCACCAAGACAGUGACAACUAACGCGACUAUGGUGAAUGUGACAGUGUGUACUACUAAUUCAACCCUUGUUGAUCCUUUGAGUGUAAAAGGGCCCCCAGUGAACCCUGAUAACAUGGAGUGUGCCGUAGAAAUUCUAACAAGAGACGCAUCCUUACGUACUGCGGUCGAUUGUAAGACUUUAAUGGCUUACUCUAAAAUGCCGGAGCCCAAGAAGGACACUGGUUCUAGUUUAUUGCCUUCUAGAGAAAAACUGAAAUCAUGGCUAAAGAACCCGCCUUGGUGGAUGUCUCUGUUUAUUGCUGUAUAAAUUAAGUAUAAGACUUGUGUUGUAUUUUAGAUUUGUAUGUGUAUCAAUAUAGUUAACCUCCCUUAUCUUGGUCAAGUGUACUUGAUUUUUUUUGUUUUACGGAAAAUAAUGUGACUAUAUCACAUAUUUUUCCGUAAAUACGAGUUGUGUAAAACUAUAUAUAUUAUUAACUACUUCUAAAUACGUGUAAAAUUAUGUAGUUACUCGUAUAAAGUACCUAUAGUACUUUGAGUGUAUUAAAUAAAUAAGUCAAUAAUAUGUGUAUUUGAAUUUUGAGCGUAAUGUGUUUGGUUGAAUAUUGAUAAAAUUGUUAUGUACUUAUAUGUGUGCUCCUGUUAUCAUUAUAUAAUAUUAAUGUACUAAGAAGGUUAACAAAAAAAGAUAAAGUCUUUUAAAAUGAUCAUAGAAUAAUAAUACUUGAACGCUUUGUACAAAAUAUUAUUUGCCAUUACUGUAAUUAAUAUUAAUAGUUUUAGUGACAAGACUGUUUUGUUAUACAACGUAUUUUAUUUAAUUCUGUGAAAUAAAAUGUACAAUAUUGAA